AUGGCCGGCUCAGACACCUCGUCGACCUCGUCUCGAGCACCAGCUCCGUCAGCUUCGGUUUCUGGCCACAGCCACAACAGCAACAGCAGCAGCAGCAGCAGCAGCAGCAGGCUCAAGGCAAGGAAGAUUGUCGUCCUCAGCCUUCCACCGGCCGUCCUCAGCCGGUUCCCCAGCAAUGCCAGCAGCGACGACAGCCAGGCCAAGGAGGAAGAGUCGAGCUCUCCCUCCACGCCGCCAGCGCCUCUGACCGACAUCGUCUCCGAUGGCGAUGCUGCCUCCACCACGAACGCUGGAGACGGCUCUGUCGGUCCUGCACCGUCGACACCAGCUGCCGGCAACGCACCUACUUCGGCACCGGCAUCAGGUGCAGCCAAAGCCGGGACCAAGAGAGGCGCUGCCGCCUUGGGUCCAGACGGCCUGCCGAAGCCACGAGGGAAGCCAGGUCCCAAGAAGAAACCAAGACUGAUAGAAAGUGAGGAUGGAGAGACUCCCUCUCGUCCACCACCCCCGGCCCACCACCGUCUGGGCCCCAAAGCGAACCAAGGCGCCAUCAAUGCCUGUUUGCGUGCCCUAGACCGCACAGGCAAGCCGUGCCGCAAGUGGGAGCGCAAGUCGUUCCAGCUCAAGUCCUUCACCGGCGUGCUUUGGCAGGUCCCCAGCUGGGGGGCUCCACCGCGUCCCAAGUCAACGGAGGACGAAGAGAAGAAGGAGACGGACCAGGAAAAGAAGGAAAGUGAGAAGAAGAGUGAGAAGAGCGAGAAGAGCACCGCUGACCCCGAUGUUGACGCUGACCGGGAUGAGACGCCGUCUGGCAGCAUGCUGGGCAUCGAGUCGCCUGCUCCCGUGGCCGUUGCUUCUUAA